GUGAUUUCUAGCAGGAUGCGCGGAUCCCGCUGAGGGAUUUUCCCUUUAUUUAAUAUCCUCCUCGACCGCGCUGUGAAAAUAUAGCUAUCUGAAAUAAACAUCUGCCAUGUCCGAGACAUACGAUUUCCUGUUUAAGUUCCUUGUUAUCGGGAAUGCAGGAACUGGAAAAUCAUGUCUACUUCACCAGUUCAUAGAGAAGAAAUUCAAAGAUGACUCAAAUCAUACAAUCGGAGUGGAGUUUGGCUCAAAGAUCAUCAGUGUGGUCAACAAAUUUGUCAAGCUCCAGAUUUGGGACACAGCAGGACAGGAACGAUUCAGAUCUGUAACACGAAGCUAUUACAGAGGGGCAGCAGGAGCUCUUCUUGUCUAUGACAUCACCAGUCGGGAGACGUAUAAUGCCCUGACCAACUGGCUGACAGAUGCCAGGAUGUUAGCCAGUCAGAACAUUGUUAUAAUAUUGUGUGGCAAUAAGAAGGACCUGGAUGCUGAUCGGGAGGUCACCUUUCUGGAGGCAUCUCGCUUCGCUCAGGAGAAUGAGCUCAUGUUUCUAGAGACCAGUGCUUUAACAGGGGAAAACGUGGAAGAGGCAUUUGUCCAGUGUGCACGCAAAAUCCUCAACAAAAUAGAAUCAGGUGAGCUAGAUCCAGAGCGGAUGGGUUCAGGGAUUCAGUAUGGCGAUGCAGCUCUACGGCAGCUUCGUUCCCCGAGACGAGCUCAAGCUGAAAGCGUGCAGGACUGUGGUUGCUAGAGCCCAAUAGCCAGAAAACGUUUUUGUAAAGACUAUUUUGGGAAUGGGAUGACAGACCAAAAGCAGUGGAGAAACUCUUCCCUCUUCUUCCUUUUACACCGGUUCCGACAAGGCUGAGAUCUUGGGACGCCGCUGUGCUCUAGAACAAUCCGGGCCAAGGCAGAGAUACCAACAGAGGAUGAUGAAUAAAGGCCCAACAUUCUGCUGACCCAUUUAACCCUCUAUUUCCUGUCCUACUCCCAUUAAAGUAUUUAGGUCUUGUGUAAAGAAGAACUUAAAUCAUUUUUUAAGCAUGUUUAUGGAAUGCAUUUCCAUAACUUGAAUGAUUGUUUUAUCAGCUCAGGAGUGUUAUUGGUUAGAUCAUAUCAGCUGAAAUCAUUUAUUUGAAUUUUUCUGCAGAUGACAGAUUUAUCAUUUGAUCUGGUAAAGUAAUAUACUGAUAUAUAAACUAUGUUUUAUAAUUGUGAUUGCUUUCUUUGGAAAGCAUGCACUGUUCUUUAAUUCUAUUGUUUAGCUUUUACUUUAUUUUUGCACAUAUAUACACAACAUUUAUGAGAAGUUAUUUUACUUUUAAAACCUGGAAUGUCAAAUUAUAGUAUAUAUUGAGUCACAGACCUAUCUUCUAUUCAUAUAUAAUAGUGUAAAAAAAAAAAAUACAUUGAGAAGUCACUGUUACAUAGUGUUAUUGCACAGCAUACUUAAAUGCUGUUGUCCUGUUUGAAAAUGUUCAUUUAACUAACUCAUGCCAAGUGUUAUUAAAUGUAGUAUCACAUUUUUAAAUGUAAUUGCAAUGUAUCUGCAUUCAGCUUCAUUCAUACAUUUUUGGAAAAUAUGUGUUCAAUCCUACAUUUAAUUUACUCUUAACCCAGCUGUUAACUGGGUUACGGGGUGUUACUGAGAACGGGGUGGGAAAUAUUGUCUGUGGUUUUAACAUUGUACACAUACACUGCAUUUAUCAUUAGUCAUUAUCAGUCAACUGUAAUGAUGACUGAUAAUGGGAGCACAUGCUUCACAGACCAUACAAGAUAUUUGCAUUAUUUUAUUGCUGCAUUGUGUUUAAGAAAAGACACUUUUUUGAGGAGAGAGGAAAUAAUCAUGUAGUAAUCAUUACCCUUUUUUCUGUUUAUUUUUUUAUGUAGUGCAACUGUAAAAGGUCUAGAUGGAAGUAAAGCUAGGACAGAUAUGUUGCAAUAUUAUAACAGUUAUUGUGAUGAAAGAUAAUUAGGGUUAUAUGGUCAAGACUUACUUGGAAACAUCAGCUGGCUUACAUUGAAACUCCUAUCAAACAUGAUGUUAAUAUUAUAUUAAAUUAUUUUAAUAUCAUUUUCCCCAUGUGUAAAUCCAUGUUGUACAAUAAUUUUGGAUGGCAUAUCUGUGAAUAAUAAAGAUAACAGAAAAAAUACAUAAA